AUGAGCACAUAGAGGGGGCGCAGUGACAGGGGCCAGAUUUCCAGCCCCCUCCGACUCCUCAAAUAAGAGAGCAAGACAUCACAGCCGAGAGGAGGAGCGGCAGUCCGGCUGAUAGAAGGAAGCCUGUGAGUCAGACAGAGAGAAAGGUGGGAGUAGACACACACACGUUGAGAGAAAGCAUGGCUGGGGACAGCGAGCAGGCAUUGCCCAAACACUCUCCUCAGAAUGGGCAGCCCUUCCUGAUCGGGGUGAGCGGGGGCACGGCCAGUGGCAAGUCUUCGGUAUGCUCGAAGAUUGUUCAGCUCCUUGGGCAGAAUGAGGUGGACCACCAUCAGAAGCAGGUGGUGAUGCUGAGUCAAGACAGUUUCUACCGAAUACUGACUCCGGAGCAGAAAAGCAAAGCACUAAAGGGACAAUUUAAUUUUGAUCACCCUGAUGCCUUUGACAAUGAACUUAUCUUGAAGACCCUCAAAGAGAUCAUGGAAGGCAAAACUGUACAGAUUCCUGUGUAUGACUUUGUUUCCCACUCCAGGAAGGAGGAGACUCUGGCGGUGUACCCUGCAGAUGUGGUUCUGUUUGAAGGGAUUCUGGCCUUCUAUAUGCAGGAGAUUAGGGACAUGUUCCAAAUGAAGCUUUUUGUGGACACUGAUGCAGACACAAGACUCUCAAGAAGAGUGCUUCGAGACAUCAAUGAGCGCGGGAGGGACCUGGAGCAAGUUCUUACACAGUACAUCACUUUUGUGAAGCCAGCCUUUGAAGAAUUCUGCCUGCCUACCAAGAAAUAUGCUGAUGUAAUCAUUCCCAGAGGUGCUGACAAUGUGGUUGCCAUAAACCUCAUUGUUCAACACAUUCAGGAUAUUUUAAACGGAGGUUUAACCAAGAGGCAGACUAACGGCUACACGAACGGUUUCACCAGCCCAAGGACCAGACAUCCUUCUGAUUCUAACAGCAGUCGACCUCACUAAAGAUUCACUACACCAAGACUCUGUACAUACUGUUUACCAAUACGCUGUAUAUUCCAAACCCCUUUUGCUCUGGGAGGCCGUACGUAGCAGGACCUUAACUUGGAGGAAUGCGAUUUCACAUGGGAAGUGUGAUUAGUGCCAAGUACUGUGUAGAACGUGGGUCACGUUGGUAGUAGCCCGUUUACACUCCUGCAGAACUUCGCUGGUUUCAUGGGUUAAAAAAUCCAUGAACUUCUAUGCCAAUGCCUUCUUUUUUUUUUUUUUUUAAAUUCCAUUGGACUAGGUGAGAGGGGAGGGGUGGUAAUGGUGAUGGAGGGAUAAAUAAACUGCAAAACUUGAACAAUCAUAGUGACUACUGCAAAAAUGAUAUCCAAAAAAAACACCUUGGAAUCCAAUAUAUAAAUAUAUAUACAAAUG